UAAUCACAUUGGUCCCUUCUGCCCUUGGAAUCUGUAAAUCCCCCCCCGAUUUUUUUAAGAAUUGCCAGCGAAUCAAAAAAAUCUGUUAUUUGUCCAGCUCUAGCUGUAGUCGGUUCCUGUGGUUUUCAAUCAGCGUUUCUAGUCCAAUGUCGCUCAAGCUCAGAAAGUCUUUUUCAGUUUCAGCCUCUGUGGCUGGCAAUUCCCCUUCUCUUGUGCUCCCGAAAGGGCAAGGGAGUACAUUUACCACUACAGUAGACUCCUGAUUGGUGGCAGGUUGCUGUGUUGUUGAAUCCUCUCUCACGGCUUUCUCGCUGGUUUACAUGCAUGUCAACUCCUCCCCCAAUUAGGGUAUUUUGCCCAGUUACCAGCGUGAGACUGAACAUAGCUUGCACAAUUCUCUCCCAGUGGAGCAGUUCCUCUGGAUUCAGAGUUGAUGCUGCAGGAAACAGGAGCAGACUGUGACUCAAGUGGAGAAACCUUAGGAAGAAAAGACCCUGAAGCCAGAACUGUCACAGCUGAUCGGGAGUAAUUCUAUAUCAGUGAAAGAGUUGGUUGGGACACACGGACAGCUCGCUUCCCAGACAGAGAGGAAAGAUGGAGAAAACGAAUUCUCAUUCUGAAAAGGUGCAACGUUGCAACUCGUUUGAAAAGGAGGGUAAAUCUGCACAUAUCAGAUUUUUUAGGUGGAGGAUUAGAGUUGUAGUUGAAGUCUUCAUUGUCAUAGCUGUAAUUCUCAUUUCUUUGGCAGUGAUGGCAUUUAAAACCCAGCAGUCAUGCCCACUCCCCAUCGCUGCCUCGUGUUCAAUCUGCCCUUCUGUCCCCUCGUGUGAGGACGGCUGGGUCGGAUACCAAGGGAAGUGCUACUAUUUCUCAGAGGCCGAAGGGAACUGGAUCUACAGCAAGAAUAACUGCUCUUCCCUUGGUGCCUCCCUGGCUGUGAUUGACACCUGGCAGGACCUGGAUUUCGUGCUGCGAUAUAAAGGCACCACAGAUCCAUGGAUUGGUCUCCAGAGGGGCUCCGAUCAUCACUGGAAAUGGGAAAACGGCACCAAAUUCAACAACCUGUUUGAAGUCAGAGGAGAUGCAAACUGCGCAUUUCUGACGGAGACUGCUGUCAGCUCUUCAAGGUGCUACACCGAGAGAAGCUGGAUCUGCAACAAACCGUAUGCGUAAUAGAUGAAGGGAAAGUAACACGGACAUACAGUGGGGCUGCCAGAAAUGAAGGACUUAAAUCACAGUUCGACUCUGAAAACCAAGAGCAAAAAACUGCACCUUUGGAGUACUGAUUUAUUAUCUCUUGGUGUCUCCAGAUCAGAUGGGUUCAUUUUACAAGCAAACAGAUGCUGCUGGGGUUCCUCCCCACACCCAUGCCCCCUGUUAGCAGCCAGCAUCAGAAGCUUGCCUCUGGGAUCUGAGAGUCAAGCUGGGGUCUCAAUUCCAUACAGCAUCUCCAGGGAUAAAAGUUCUGCGGGGCACAGCUGCUGCCCUUUGUGUAUGCCCAUGUUGUUCCUCUGUCCCUUUCCCGUCCUACCCUCCAUGACCCCCAUGUGGCCCCCUGUCCCUUUCCCAUGCUGCCCCUCUGACCCACACAGCCCCCGUCCCCUCCCUGUCCUGCCCUCGAUGACUCUCGCACCAUCCCCCCCCUCACCUUAUCCAGCCCUUUACUGACCCUUUACUUCCAUGGGAGCUACAGCUGUUCGGCACUUCUGGAAACUGGACACCUAAAGAAUUGUCCUAAUUUUAGGCACCUACGUUCCAAGACUUUGGCUUUAGCCUCGCCAUGCCUCAGUUUCCCUCAGUCGGAGGGAUGCUGCCUGCCGAUUCAGGCACCUUGGUGCUAUCAGACUGAGGCGUGUGGUGCCUCUUAGCCCUGGGCUGCUUCUAGGUCACAUGGCUUUUGUUUCUUCUUUAUAUUCUCCUUCCAGCAUAGGUACAUUGUCACUGUUGAUAUGGGCUUGGAGGAAGGUAAAUCCUAGAUACAGGUUUAAUUCUAUUAUCAGCGAAGCUUCAGCCAUCUAUAGAGCAAUUUCCCAGAGUGCUGGCGGUCACAGACUCUUUCGCUCCGAGGAGUAAUGAGUCAGCACGAAGCUCCAGCCGUUCACAGCCAAAUCCCCAUAGAACAGUUGUCUUCAUUGCAAGGCCCGGGAGCCAGUGGCUGCUCCCAUUGACCCUGAAGUGCGGCUCCCUAAGUUCCCUCUAAGAGCGAGGGCCCUGUCCCAUGGAGCUUCGUGCUGCCUGCCAGCAUGGGGACAAAGAGGCCCCUUCCCCGGAACUAGCUGCUGCGGGCAGGGAGAGGGCUGGGGGAAGCCCUCUGGCCCCAUCCCCUGGGCAGCCUGCCUGCGCCCCAAACUCCUCAUUCCAGGCCCCACCUCAGAGCCUGCACCCCCCGCCAGGGCCCUUACCCCCCCUGCAUCCCAAUGCUCUGCCCCAGCCCUGACCCCCCUCCUGCACCCUGAAUCCCUCAUCCCAGCCCCGCCCUGCAGCUCUCACCACUGAAUCCCACACAUUGGCUCUCACAUUGAAGGUUUUUUGCCAAAGUGGCCCCCACUUUAAAAACACUGAAGAGCACUGCCAUAGGAGUUUGUGAAUUUAAGAACUAGACACUGCAAGGAAGCCCCUUAAAGAGCAAACUUGAGCAAGUCAUUUUGCUGCCCUCUGCCUCAGUUUCCCCAUCUGUAAAAUAAGGAUAGCGAUGCUGACCUCCUUUGUAAAGUGCUGUGAGCUAUACUGAUGAGAAGCAGAGAGUGAUUAUGACAUUGGUGAUGCAUUUUUUUAAAUACUUUAUUGGACGUAGGGCUCGGUGCGGUCUCUGUUGCUUCAUUCCACGUCAGCUCACACUUACAGUCCAGUUUCCCAGUUCACAGGAUCUUGGACUAAACCACGAACAACCGUUUCGCUUCCUUCUGAACUUUUAUCCGCAUUUUAAGGAAUUUUUUUAGGCCCGGAUUACAGCUGUAUGGUUUGCAAGGUUUGGGGUUUUUCUACUGUUUAAUAAAAUGUAAUACAUUUGAGUAUUUUA